GCCGGGCCCGCAACUCCGCUCCGCCAGUGUCCGGCCGCGGGCCGGCCUUAGUGACUGGGGCGGCGGGCUCGGGGGCCGCGGCGUGGGGCGGCGGGCGGACGCCGGCUGCGGGCUGCCUUCGUCGGCCCUCGAGCUCGCCCGGAGCGAGCAGCCGCCCGCGAGCCGCCGCGGAGCCUCCUCGCCCGCUGCCGCCGGCGAGCAAGAUGAUGUGCGAGGUGAUGCCAACCAUCAGUGAAGCAGAAGGGCCCCCAGGAGGAAGUGGGAGCCAUGGAUCCGGCUCCCCUUCGCAGCCAGAUGCAGAUUCACAUUUUGAACAGUUGAUGGUCUCCAUGCUGGAAGAAAGGGACCGUCUUCUGGACACGCUGAGAGAGACCCAAGAAACAUUGGCACUAACCCAGGGGAAAUUGCAUGAGGUUGGUCAUGAAAGAGAUUCCUUACAGAGACAGCUCAACACCGCACUUCCGCAGGAGUUCGCAGCACUUACUAAAGAACUCAAUGUAUGCAGGGAACAGCUCCUUGAAAGGGAAGAAGAAAUUGCUGAACUGAAAGCAGAAAGGAACAACACCAGGCUGCUGUUGGAGCACUUGGAAUGCCUCGUCUCUAGGCACGAGCGGUCCCUCAGGAUGACCGUGGUAAAGAGACAAGCUCAGUCCCCAGCAGGCGUGUCCAGCGAAGUUGAAGUGCUUAAAGCACUGAAGUCAUUAUUUGAACACCACAAAGCUCUGGAUGAAAAGGUGAGAGAACGGUUACGAGUAGCACUUGAAAGAUGUAGUUUGUUAGAAGAAGAAUUAGGUGCCACACACAAAGAGCUAAUGAUUCUUAAAGAGCAGAAUAAUCAGAAAAAAACGCUAACAGAUGGAGUGGUUGACAUAAACCACGAACAAGAGAGUGCGCCGAGUACGAACGGGAAGAGAUCUUCCGAUGGUUCUUUAAGCCAUGAGGAAGACCUUGCGAAGGUAAUCGAGCUCCAGGAAACCAUAAGCAAGCAGUCAAGGGAGCAGAGCCAGAUGAAGGAGCGCCUGGCUGCUCUGUCCAGUCACGUGGCAGAGCUGGAAGAGGAUCUUGACACUGCUAGAAAAGAUCUCAUCAAAUCUGAAGAAAUGAACACAAAAUUGCAACGAGAUGUCCGUGAAACCGAAGAUAAAAACCGCCAGUUACAAGAACGCCUGGAAUUGGCGGAGCAGAAGCUGCAGCAGACUCUGAGGAAAGCCGAGACGCUCCCCGAGGUGGAGGCCGAGCUGGCCCAGAGGGUGGCGGCCCUGUCCAAGGCCGAGGAGAGACACGGCAACAUUGAAGAAAGGUUACGACAGAUGGAAGCGCAAUUAGAGGAAAAGAACCAAGAACUGCAGCGGGCAAGGCAGAGAGAAAAAAUGAAUGAAGAACAUAAUAAACGUUUAUCAGACACUGUCGACAAGCUUCUUUCCGAAUCUAAUGAGCGGCUUCAGCUCCACCUGAAGGAGAGGAUGGCUGCUCUGGAGGACAAGAAUUCUCUCUUACGAGAAGUUGAAAAUGCAAAAAAGCAAUUAGAAGAAACACAACAUGAUAAGGAUCAGCUUGUCCUAAACAUUGAAGCGUUGAGGGCUGAACUAGACCAGAUGAGACUAAGAGGUGCUUCACUUCAUCAUGGCCGACCCCAUCUGGGCAGCGUCCCAGAUUUCAGGUUCCCUGUGGCAGACGGGCACACAGAUUCCUACAGCACCAGCGCAGUGUUGCGGCGUCCCCAGAAAGGCCGUCUGGCAGCCCUGAGGGAAGAGCCUUCCAAGGUACAAACUCUUAAUGAACAGGAUUGGGAACGUGCCCAACAAGCUAGUGUCUUGGCAAACGUAGCACAAGCAUUUGAGAGUGAUGUUGACGUGUCUGAUGGUGAGGAUGACAGAGACACUCUCCUCAGCUCGGUUGAUCUGUUGUCACCCAGCGGGCAGGCUGAUGCACAGACGUUAGCCAUGAUGCUUCAGGAGCAGCUGGACGCCAUCAACAAAGAGAUAAGGUUGAUACAAGAAGAAAAGGAAAACACAGAGCAGCGAGCGGAGGAGAUUGAAAGUAGAGUUGGUAGUGGAAGUUUAGACAAUCUUGGUCGUUUUAGAUCAAUGAGCUCCAUUCCCCCGUAUCCUGCCUCCUCACUUGCCGGCUCCUCCCCGCCAGGCAGCGGUCGCUCCACCCCAAGGAGGAUCCCACACAGCCCAGCCAGGGAGGUGGACAGACUGGGCAUCAUGACUCUAUUGCCAUAUUCCAGAGAAGAGGUACGAGAUGACAAGACAACGAUAAAAUGUGAAACCUCCCCCCCUGCCUCCCCGGGGUCCCUCCGGUUAGAUAGGCCGCAGAAAGGAGCGCUGCACACAGUCAGCCACGAGGACAUCAGGGACAUGAGAAACUCCACAGGCUCUCAGGACGGCCCCGUGAGCAAUCCCAGCAGCAGCAACAGCAGCCAGGACUCGCUGCACAAAGCCCCGAAGAAGAAGGGCAUCAAGUCCUCUAUUGGCCGCUUGUUUGGCAAGAAAGAAAAGGGCCGACCUGGACCAGCUGGCAAAGCCACGUUAGAGCAAGCUGGUGUUUCAGAGACAGAGAACUCAUCUCAAGAUGCCUUGGGACUUAGCAAAUUGGGAGGACAGGCUGAAAAAAAUCGUAAACUUCAAAAAAAGCAUGAAUUGCUCGAGGAAGCCCGGAGACAAGGUUUACCUUUUGCCCAGUGGGAUGGGCCAACUGUUGUCGUUUGGCUGGAGCUCUGGGUGGGGAUGCCGGCCUGGUACGUGGCCGCCUGCCGAGCGAACGUGAAGAGCGGAGCCAUCAUGUCGGCCCUGUCCGACACGGAGAUCCAGCGGGAGAUCGGCAUCAGCAACCCCCUGCACAGGCUGAAGCUGCGGCUGGCCAUCCAGGAGAUCAUGUCGCUCACCAGCCCGUCUGCCCCACCCACGUCCAGAACGACACUUGCAUACGGGGACAUGAACCACGAGUGGAUCGGCAACGAGUGGCUCCCCAGUCUGGGCCUCCCGCAGUACCGCAGCUAUUUCAUGGAGUGCCUUGUCGACGCCCGCAUGCUGGACCACCUGACGAAGAAGGACCUCCGCGGGCAGCUGAAAAUGGUCGACAGUUUCCACAGAAACAGUUUCCAGUGUGGAAUUAUGUGCCUGCGAAGGUUAAAUUAUGACCGAAAAGAACUGGAAAGAAAAAGAGAAGAAAGUCAGAAUGAAAUAAAAGACGUGCUUGUUUGGAGCAAUGAUCGAGUGAUUCGCUGGAUCCUGUCUAUUGGUCUUAAAGAAUAUGCAAACAAUCUCAUCGAGAGUGGCGUUCACGGUGCACUUCUGGCCUUAGAUGAAACCUUCGAUUUCAACGCACUGGCGCUGCUGUUACAGAUCCCGACGCAGAACACACAGGCUCGUGCUGUCUUGGAAAGAGAGUUUAACAACCUUUUGGUCAUGGGGACUGACAGAAGGUUCGAUGAAGAUGAUGAUAAAAGCUUUAGGAGAGCACCUUCAUGGAGAAAAAAAUUUAGACCAAAGGACAUUCGUGGCUUAGCUGCUGGGUCAGCAGAGACUCUCCCUGCAAACUUCCGAGUUACUUCUUCUAUGUCUUCGCCCUCUAUGCAGCCAAAGAAGAUGCAGAUGGACGGCAAUGUAUCAGGAACACAGAGGUUGGAUUCUGCUACAGUCAGGACUUACUCCUGCUGAAGCCUCCUGUUGUUUACCCACACUACUUCUACAGAUGAUUAUGCAGCAUUUUGAAUCCAACAAAGACUACAUUUUAGAAUUCAGUGGAAUCUUUAAUCUGUUAAUAAUUGUUAUAUGGACCCUAAGAUAUUUUAUUACAGAGUUUUUAAUUAGUAAAAAAAUUCAUGAAUACCAUAGAGAAAAUAUUUUAGAAUUUAAUGUUUCUUAUAUUUAUGUAAACUUAUGACUCUUCAUUUAUAUAGUUACUUACUUUUUCAUGUAUAUCCAGGCUAUAAAUAUCCUUUGAAAUCAAUUCAAGUUCUUAUACCUAAUUUUAGUCUUUCAAAAGAAUGUACUGUAAUGCUUGUAUGUAUAAAUGCUAUGAAUAAAUAUAGGGCUUUUGUAAAUUAUGCAUUUAUUGUAAUUAUCAUUGUUUAAUUUUUUAAUGAUAAACCAUGACAAAGGAUUUUACUACGUUUAUAAAAUUAUCAUGACACAAGCAAUGUGCAUUGUCCUUUACAAAUGCAACCUAGCUCUGCAACAAUCAUUUGGAAAUAAGCAUACUUAAUUUCAAGCAAUUAUUGUCGUAUUUUAAUGACUGACCUUAACUAUACUUUUUCUAGCAAGAAAUGCUUUCUUUUUGCAGCGUGAACAGAUAUAAAAUACUUGGUAUUAAAUAUCAGCCUCUAAUAAAAUUUGGACUGAAAGGAUUAUCAGAACACUAUGAAAUGUUAGCACUGGUUUAACUCUUUCCUAGCCUAGUCUCUGGACUUGGGCAGCUUGUCUUCAGUGACUGACAGAAGCUGGGAGCUGGGAAAAGAUUUCUCAGCGGGAAAGAAAGACACGUAACCUGGGACCGGCCCAGCCCUCUGAGCCUCCUUCCCCGCUUUCCUGCCCGGAAGCAUGCGGGAACGCGCCCGUACGCCUGCUCUUCGAGGACCAAUCACCAAGCACUGCGCUCUCAUCUCACAGACAUCGGUGCGUAUGGCGGAUGAAGGCAGGAGAUCCUGAGAACCGUGUCGUGCAACUCGAAUAAAGGCCUUAUGUUUCUUAUGUAAAUCAUCUUUUUACAUGUGUUUGUAAACAUGUUUAAAGAGUGAACCUAGUCGUACAUUUUUAGACUUUGAUGAUAUAGCCAUUUUGGAUUGUGUAAGUAGCAAAUGUAACUUUUCCUUUUUAAGCGGCAGAUUAAAAAGCCAGCAAGCGAUGUGUCAGGUCACGGUGCGUUAUUUAUUAUGCAGCUGAUACAGAUAGAGACGGCUUGUCUUUUUACAUUCGGUUUCUGCUUCUCAUUUACUUGUACAAUUCAUUGUUACUGUUCUGUUUUUCUAUUAAUCUUUUGUGAACUUCCUGAUCAUGUAACAAAGUAUGUACAGUCUACUUUUGAACUAUUUUUAUCACAGUAUUAUUUAUUGCUUUCUUUCAAUAAAGUACUGAAGCAUUUUCCACUGCCAA